AUGACCGGACGUGCACACGGUAACUUGCCCAUUCGAGGCGGCCGUGGCGGUGGCGAUCGUAGUGCCCCUAGGGGCGGUGGUGAUCGCGGAGGUCCCCGAGGCCGUGGUGGUGAACGGGGCUCUGGGGCAGGCCAUCAAAGCCGAGGCCCAUCAGGAGAGCGUGGUGGCCGCGGUGGACGUGGUGGUUAUGAAGGACCGGUCAAGAUGCUCACGGACCCCAUUGAGCCCCCCAACCGCAAUGUCCACAACUUUGAAGACAGAUAUGUUGCUGAGACUGCAAAGCUUCGUCCUGAACCCGAAGGGUUGGCACGACGCCCUGGCUAUGGCACCUCUGGCCGCGCUAUCGUAGUUCGGACAAAUUUCCUUCCUCUGGACUUCAAGCCCGGUGUGAAAUUCCAUUCCUAUCGGCUCAAGCUCGAUCCCGAAAAUGCCAAAAGGGGACAGCAGAGGUUCAUUAUGGAGACCAUGCUCCGGAGGUACUCUGGCUUCAAUAACAUCGGUGUCGCCACCGAUGGAGCCACGGAGAUUGUCACGACUGAGCUACUUCCCGAAAUGAAACACCCAUUCACUUGCACCAUGGAGGAUGGAAACGGAAACGGAAAGGACAGUGGUCGAAAGUCUCACGCUUAUAUUGGGCCCUGGAAGGUGACCCUGAAGCAUGAAAGCUCCUACUCCCCAGAACAAAUGAUUACAACUCUCCGUGACUCCGGACACAGGAAAGAACUUGAUAAUGAAGCGCCCUGUCUUCGUGUUCUCAAUAUUCUCAUGAGUGCUUAUGGCUUCAAGGAUCCCGGUAUCAACAUCAUCGGCAAGGGCCGCAACAAAUUCUUCCGCAUGGACCGCCGAAAGCAGUCGAUCGAUAUGAGAGGUGGCGUUGAAGCCGUCCGUGGUUACUACUCAAGUGUCCGACUUGGUGCUGGACGAAUCAUGCUCAAUUUGAACGUCAGCCAUGGUGCAUUCUACCGUCCUGGUCGUAUGUCAAAUUUGGCCCAGGAAUUUGUCGAGCUGUUUGAUCAAGACCGGGAGCUUCUGCACAGAUAUGUGAAGGGCCUUAAAGUCUAUGCGACACACCUGCAACAGCGAGAGAAUGGAGCCGGGAUUAUGGAAUACCCUGUCAAGUCCAUCCUUGGGCUUGCCACCCCUAGGGAUGGACGUAGUCAAAAGACCGAUCAAAAGCCCGACCAAAAGCCAGACCCCAAGUUUGCCCACCCCCCACAAGUUCCUCGUGUUGGUUCCUGUGCCGAUAACGUGAAGUUCUGGAUGGAGAGAGAUGGAAAGGCAGGUUACAUCAGUGUCGCCGAUUAUUUCAAAAGGGACUACAACAUCAAACUCAAGCAUGCCAAUGAUAUGCCGGUUGUGAAUGUUGGAACCCGUGAGCGUCCAGUUUACCUUCCUAUGGAGCUUUUGGAGAUCAUUCGUGGCCAGGGGUUCGGCGGAGAGCCGUCCAGCACCCAGCGCCAGAAUAUGAUUAAAUUCAGUUGUCGUCGACCACCCCAGAAUUAUGAGUCUAUUAUCACUGAAGGAUUGGACAUCAUGGGAAUCACUAGUGGAGAUACAAAAGCGGUAGGAAUCAGAUCCGGUCAGGAGAUGAUCACUGUGCAUGCACGGAUCUUGAAUCCCCCAAACCUGACCUACGCUGGCAAGAAAAAUACUCCUAAGUUUGGCGCCUGGAAUCUAAUCCAAACCAAAUUCUCUCACUGCGCCACCAUCAAAACGUGGACUUGUCUUUGGGUUCGCAAGCGCGGUGCUCGAGAAUGGUUCUCACAGCCUGAUGCCAAAAUAGAUGCUUUCUACAAGAAGUUGCGAGACCAUGGUCUGACACUCCCACCCCCACAAAAGCCCUUCCGCCAGGUCACUCUUGGUUCUACCGCCGACGGAGGCGAUCAGAAGAAUAGAGAGCUGCUUGCGAAUGCAUUCGAAGAGCUCAAGUCCGCUUACUCCCUCGUUGUCGUAUUGCUUCCUAACACGGACGGUAAAAACUUCGACUACAUCAAAUAUCUCGGAGACAUCAAGCAUGGAGUCCUUACACAUUGUAUGCAAGCUGAAAAAUUCAAGGACGACAGAGUUAGUGAGCAGUAUUUGAGCAACAAUGCCAUGAAGGUAAACCUCAAGAUGGGAGGAUGCAAUCAACUCCUAGACUCCUCAGGUGCACGCUUCAUUGGUGCGGGAAAGACUACCAUGGUCGUCGGCUUGGACGUCACCCAUCCGUCGAGCACAGAUCCUGAAGCCUUCCCCAGUGUUGCUGCCAUCGUUGCUUCCGUGGAUCAUCGCAUGGGACAAUGGCCUGGUGAAAUUCGAUCCCAGACACGCCGCCAAGAACAUGUGGAAUACCUCACAGAAAUGAUGUGCGGUCGACUAAGAUUGUGGCAAAAGCACAACAACGGUCAGUUGCCCCAAAAUAUCCUUAUCUACCGUGACGGUGUUAGUGAAGGCCAGUUCACUAUGGUUCGCGCAGAAGAACUCCCAAAGGUUCGUAACGCUGCUAAAGCAACAUACCGUGGAACCAUGCCCAAUAUCACCAUCGUAGUCUGCGGCAAGCGUCACAAUGUACGCUUCUACCCAACCACUGCCAAGGACCAAGAUAGAACAGCUAACCCAAUCAACGGAUGUGUUGUCGACCGUGGAGUCACCCGCCCAAUCUUCUGGGAUUUCUACCUCCAAGCGCAAGCUCCGCUUCAAGGUUCUGCCCGGCCUGCUCAUUACAUCGUCAUUCACGACGAGAUCUUCACUAACUCCAAGGCCAACCCGGAUCGCAAGCCGGCUGACAUUCUGCAAGAAAUCACUCACAACAUCUGUUACAUGAUGGGGCGCGCUACUCGCUCAAUCAGCUACAGCACGCCUGCCUUCCUGGCUGACAAGUUCUGUGAUCGUGCCCGCAAGUACCUGUUAGCUUACUACCAUGAGAAUAUGGCCACUAUCUUGAGCACGAACACAAUGCCUGACAAUGUCGUGACUAUGGCAGACGCCUGCCACAACAGCAUGGUCUACAUUUAG